UCCGGCGCUCGCUCCCAUUGGCCGCCGCCGCGUCAGCUGGUGCGAUUUGCUGCUGUCGCUUUUGGCGUUCGGCCAUCCAGAAACAAACCAGUUCGAUGACUACUAAUAGUUAUAGCCAGAUGUACUAAUACACAACAAAUCACAGUCCUGCAGAGGGGCGCGCAAAUGAGUUCCUAUUUUGUGAAUCCCACUUUCCCCGGGAGCCUGCCCAGCGGCCAGGACUCCUUCUUGGGCCAGCUGCCCCUCUAUCCGGCCGGCUAUGACGCGCUGAGGCCCUUCCCGGCCUCGUACGGGGCGUCGAGCCUCCCGGACAAGACGUACACCUCACCUUGUUUCUACCAACAGUCCAACUCGGUCCUGGCCUGCAACCGGGCAUCCUACGAGUACGGGGCCUCGUGUUUCUAUUCUGAUAAGGACCUCAGUGGCGCCUCGCCCUCGGGCAGUGGCAAGCAGAGGGGCCCCGGGGACUACCUGCACUUUUCUCCCGAGCAGCAGUACAAACCCGACAGCAGCAGCGUGCCGGGCAAAGCCCUCCAUGACGAAGGCACCGACCGGAAGUACACGAGCCCUGUUUACCCCUGGAUGCAGCGGAUGAACUCCUGCGCGGGUGCUGUGUAUGGGAGUCACGGGCGCCGAGGCCGCCAGACCUACACGCGCUACCAGACGCUGGAGCUGGAGAAGGAGUUCCACUUCAACCGCUACCUGACGCGGCGCCGCCGCAUCGAAAUAGCCAACGCGCUCUGCCUCACCGAACGCCAGAUCAAGAUCUGGUUCCAGAACCGCCGCAUGAAGUGGAAAAAGGAAAAUAAACUCAUCAAUUCCACACAACCCAGCGGGGAGGACGCUGAGGCAAAGGCGGGCGAAUAGACGCCUGGGC